GAUGAGAAUUUUAUUGAUCGUCCUGAUUCUUCUUAAUAUGUAUUAAUAAAUUCCACAACCUUUUGUACCUUGCACUUGUCAGAAACCAAUGCUUUUACAAAAUCCAUAAAAGGAAAACAUAUUUUUCUUUGCAGAAGAACCAAAUGACACCUUUGCAUCUCUUUCUCUUCUGCUUGGCCCAGACAGUUUUCUGAAACUUCUGGAGUGUGAGGUCGAGAGUUUCCUUGAAAAAAUUUCCCUUUUCCUUGAAAAAAAUCAUUUUCUUUCUCCCUUCCUUCCUCUUUGCCCGCUAUUAUCAGAGUGUGUGUGGAAAGGGAAACAUCGGUUUCGUUCUCUCGCUGGAAACCCGAGGGACGCUUUCGCGGAUAGCGAACUGCUGGCUAGGGAUCGUCUCCCGGCUGAGAGCUCCCAGCGGCCCGGCAGCACAGGUCGGGGCGCGGUUCCUCGGGGAGCUGAAGGCUCCGGGCGGCAGCCUACCGGGGCAGAGAGGGGCCUGAAGCCAGGGCGGGCGGGCCGAGGGAGAGGACAGCGCCGGGGCCGGCCGGGACCUCGGGACUCGGGGCCGGCCAGCUGCAUGGCCUCUCGGCCCCCGUGGCCCUUCUCGCCCCCGCUCCCUAGGACACCUUGACGGCAUCUCUGCUAGAGCGAUUUUUCCUGUGGACCUGUAGGGUGGGAUGUGUCAGGGCCCGGGAAUCCGACUCACCUUCCCAGGCUGCUCGGGACAAAAAUAACCCGCCCGGGUCCCCGCCCCCCGCCCGGGCCCCGGCCCUCUCGGGCGCGUUCUGCCUGGGUGUGUGCAGGGAACGCUUCUGUGUGCCGGCGCCAGGGCGCUCCGGCUUCCCUGCCCGCGCGUGUCCUGCCGGACGGCCCUCUGGCCGAACCUUUCCUUCCGCCUGCGGGGCCAGACGCCGGAGCGGGGGACGCGAGUGGCGCGGACGGGCCGAAAGAGCCCCGGCGAGGCGGGCGGACGGCUGAGAGCGCCGGGCUGGUUGUCUCGAGCGCGCACUAUCUCGGGCGCGUAGUAGAUGUCGCUGUUGUCCGCGCUUACGCGACCGGCCGGCCGGGCUCUGGAGCACGUGACCUGAGAGGAGGCUGCGGCUCAAGGCCAUUUUCAAAUCUCAUUGGCUUGGUUGUCAUGUGGUCGGCAGAGGCAUCCACAAUUACACGGGGAAUGUUUUCCUAGAGAUGUCAGCCUACAAAGGACACAAUCUCUCUUCUUCAAAUUCCUCCCCAAAAUGUCCUUUCCCAACAGCUCUCCUGCUGCUAAUACUUUUUUAGUAGAUUCCUUGAUCAGUGCCUGCAGGAGUGACAGUUUUUAUUCGAGCAGCGCCAGCAUGUACAUGCCACCACCUAGCGCAGACAUGGGGACCUAUGGAAUGCAAACCUGUGGACUGCUCCCGUCUCUGGCCAAAAGAGAAGUGAACCACCAAAAUAUGGGUAUGAAUGUGCAUCCUUAUAUACCUCAAGUAGACAGUUGGACAGACCCGAACAGAUCUUGUCGAAUAGAGCAACCUGUUACACAGCAAGUCCCCACUUGCUCCUUCACCACCAACAUUAAGGAAGAAUCCAAUUGCUGCAUGUAUUCUGAUAAGCGCAACAAACUCAUUUCUGCCGAGGUCCCUUCGUACCAGAGGCUGGUCCCUGAGUCCUGUCCCGUUGAGAACCCCGAGGUUCCUGUCCCUGGAUAUUUUAGACUGAGUCAGACCUACGCCACCGGGAAAACCCAAGAGUACAAUAACAGCCCCGAAGGCAGCUCCACAGUCAUGCUCCAGCUCAACCCUCGCGGCGCGGCCAAGCCGCAGAUCUCGGCCGCCCAGCUGCAGAUGGAAAAGAAGAUGAACGAGCCCUCAAGCGGCCAAGAGCCCACCAAAGUCUCCCAGGUGGAGAGCCCCGAGGCCAAGGGCGGCCUUCCGGAAGAGAGGAGCUGCCUGGCUGAGGUCUCCGUGUCCAGUCCUGAAGUACAGGAGAAGGAAAGCAAAGAGGAAAUCAAGUCUGAUACUCCAACCAGCAAUUGGCUCACUGCAAAGAGUGGCAGAAAGAAGAGGUGCCCUUAUACUAAGCACCAAACGCUGGAAUUAGAAAAAGAGUUCUUGUUCAAUAUGUACCUCACCCGCGAGCGCCGCCUAGAGAUCAGUAAGAGCGUUAACCUCACCGACAGGCAGGUCAAGAUUUGGUUUCAAAACCGCCGAAUGAAACUCAAGAAGAUGAGCCGAGAGAACCGGAUCCGAGAAUUGACCGCCAACCUCACCUUCUCUUAGGUCCGAGGCCCGUCAGAGGCCAGGAUCGGAGAGGGCACCGCGUUCCAGGGCCAAAUGCUGGAGGACUGGGAAGGCGGAAACAAAACCUUCAUUGCUCUUUGUUUUUUUUGUUUUGUUUUGUUUUGUUUUUCCUGCUAGAUGUGACUUUGGGGUCAUUCUGUUCGUGCUGCAAGUGAUCUGUAAUCCCUGAGUAUAUAUAUAUUAAAAAACUAGCACGUGUUAUUUAUUAUUUUUACAUCGUAAUGCAGGGUAACUAUUACUGCACAUUUUCAUUUGGGUCUUAACUUAUUGAAACUGUAGAGCAUCCAUCAAUCCAUUCAUCAUCCAGCAAUGUGACUUUUUCAUGUUUUUCCUAACACAAAAGGGUCUGUAUGUGUGUGUGUGGUUAGUCCAUGAGCUCAUGGCCUUUUGAAUACAUCCAGUACUUCAAAGUACUAAAAUUACAUAUAUAUUUAAAAAAAAGAUUAAGGAAACUCACAAGCUUUGGGGGGAGGGAAACUAAAAAAGCACAUUACAAUGUAUCUUUUUGCAAAUGAAUUUAGCAAUUGUCUUUGGUGGGAUGGAAUAUUGACGAUUUAUGCCUUGUAGCCUUUACCUUGUGGUGCAUCUGUGGUUUGGUAGAAUUACAACAGCAACCUGUCCUUUCUGUGCAUGUUCUGGUCGCAUGUAUGAUGCAAUAAACUCUGGAAACGAGUU